AUGAUCGGUUGGACCGCAGAUGACGAUGCGCUCGUCAAGGCGGGCCGCGAGGCCGGGGAGAGCUGGGCCGACAUUGCCAAGCGCCUGCCCGGCCGCAGCACCGACUCCGUCAAGAGCCGGUCAAAGCGGCUGAAGCGGCAGCCCGACGCGCCCGUGAAGCACGAGCCCGUGAAGCACCAGCUCGUGCGGUGGACUGCAGCGGACGAUGCGCUUCUCAAGGCGGGCCACGAGGCCGGGGAGAGCUUGGUCGACAUUGCCAAGCGCCUGCCCGGCCGCAGCGCGGAGUCCGUCAUGAGCCGGUCAAACCGGCUGAAGCGGCAGCCCGACGCGCCCGUGAAGCACGAGCCCGUGAAGCACCAGCUCGUGCGGUGGACUGCAGCGGACGAUGCGCUUCUCAAGGCGGGCCACGAGGCCGGGGAGAGCUGGGUCGACAUUGCCAAGCGCCUGCCCGGCCGCAGCGCGGAGUCCGUCAAGAGCCGGUCAAACCGGCUGAAGCGGCCGGCCGACAAAAGCGCAGGCGGCGCCGCCGCGCAGGCCAAGUCCAAGAAGGCGCCGCCCAAGAAGGCCGCCCAGGACAGCGCAGGCGGCAGCGCCUCCCCCAAGGAGGCAACCUGGGACGUGGACGGCGCGUGCUACAUCAUGACCGGCGGCUACGAGCGGAUGAAGCCCCCUCCCUGGAAUGCGCGCGGCGGGCGAGCGUACUUCAAGUGGGAGGUGAUCGGGCAGUGCCUUUGCCGGGGCUACGGCUCAUACUUGCUCUACUGCGGCCGGCCGGCAAAGGCGCACGAGAUCGAGGACGCCGACCGGAAGGGGUUCGGCGCGGGCGGCAACCUUCCGGGAAGUCCGGAGGGGUACCUGACGAUGGGCGUCUUCUUUUCAAGAGAGCUCUUCGCUCAAGGCUUCAUGAUUGUGCCGCCGCCGAGCCCGCCCAAUCAUGUCCGGGCGAAGCUCAACGGCACGCCGAAUCUGCGUGACUGGGGGAGCGACCUCGCGUACGCCGCCGUGCAGAAGAUGAGCGGUGAGGCGGCGGCCCGCAUGACCCGCGGCGCGGUCUCCCUCGACCUCUCGAACCGCUACUUUGCCGUGGAGGAGACGUCGGUCGCAGAGCUCGUGGCGGCCGCGGGCCGCGGAGCCUACGGGCCGGAGGCUUUCGGGCAGUCCGCACUCGGGCCGGACCCCGACGAGAGCGAUGUCGAGGCGGCGGCGGAGGCGGAAGAGCGCGACCUUGGGCUAGACGACCACACCUUCGAGCGGGACGAGGGCGGCGUCGCUUCGAUCCUCUACGCUGCCGUCCCCGCCGCCCCUUUCCCCGCAGCUGCCUCGCGCGGCCCCUCCACCUCAGCCGCCCCCGUCACCUUCGAUUCCGUUGUCCCGUUCCACGCCGAGCCCUCCUUUGCCGCGUCUGCCUCGCUCCCCCCCCCUCCCUUGCCGGGCGCGCUGUUUGGCGUGGACUCGCGCUCCCUGCUUGACGAGCUCACGCUCCUCGCCUCUCCCGCGGGCCUCGCAUCCGGCAUCCUCGCCGCGUCGGGUUUCCUCGCCGCGCCCGGCGUGUCGGGCGACCUGGCCGCGCCGGGCAUCCUCGCCGCGCCCGACCCGCUCGGCUCUGGCAACGGCGAUUUUGCGGCGUGGGUCAACGCCCUCGAUGGCGGCCUCUUCGAGGACGCGAGCGGCCCUGCAGGCCGCGACUCCAGCGACUACUUCGACUUCGAGGGGCUCGAGGCUCUGCUCAAAGCGCCGCGGCCCCUCAGCCUCGCCGAGCUGCUCGGGCGGUCGCACCUGACCGAAGAGGUCGAGGUGUACGGCGUCGAGGACGGCUACGAGGGUUCGUGGUUCUCAUGCACGGUCCUGUCGGCCAACGACGUCAUCUCGCUCGAGAUGCUCGUGCGGUACGAGCAUGCUCGCGCACGGGCACACGCGCCUCCGCCCCACCGCUACUUGUUUCGUAGGUACAAUCAGUUUCGCGAGACCAACGGCGCUUCUCAUGCGGCUGCGCCGCUCGAGCUCGCGCUCUUUGAUGGGGACCUCGCCGCCGCACAGGUGUACUGGGUCGGCGUCGAGGGCGAGCAACACACCGUGUGGGACCGGGAGCACUCGGCCCGAAUCCGCUCAAUCUUCCACACGGUGCCCGUCUCGCAGCUGCGCCCGGGGAUGCACUGGAUGGCCGAGACGGACGAGUGGAAUGCGCGCGAGUGGGACGCGACGCAGGCGUACGACGAGCCGCUCGCGGCUGCAGCGACGCAGGCGUACGGCGAGCCGGAGGAGGGGGGCGGGGAGGAGGAGGAGGGCGGCGUGGCCCCAUCCGGCGGCUUGCAGCCCGUGGCAGAGGAGCCGGCGGAGCCACAGCCGGCGCGCGAGCUGCAGACCUCCGGCUGGGGAGAGGCGCCGACGCCGCUCCCGCCCACCGCCCUCCCGCUCCCCUUGUCGGCCCAGGCCGAGGAGGACAAGGACGGCCCUCGCGAUGCGUCGCAAGGCAGCAGCGCGCCCGAGAGGGCUGCCCUGCCCGGCACCGACACGCCGCAGAGCGUGUCGGAGCAGUUCGAAGACGAGAGCGAGGAGCCACUUGCAUCUGCGGCGGCGCCUGGAGCGGCAGCGGGGCGGUCGCAACGCAAGCGAGGCGCUGCUGCCGCUGAGUCCGCCGAGCAGUCGUCGACCCACAAGGCCGCGGGUAGCGCCGCGCGCGAGGAGGUCGCCCCGUGGGCCAAGCGGCCGAGGGCUGGCAAGGAGGGCGCAAUCCAGGCCGCCUCCUCCGCCCCGCCCGCCCCUCCCGCCGAGCCUGCUGCCGAGGAGCCUGCUGCCGAGGAGCCGGCGAAGCCGGAGCGAACGCGGAAGCGCGCGCGAGAGAGCGGCGCGUCCCAGUCGGCUGCCGCGGGCGGGGCCGAGCAGCCGGAGGACGCUGCGCCGGACGGCGGCGGCGGUGGCGGCGGCGGCGGCGGCGGCGGCGGCGGCGGCGGCGGCGGCGGCGGUGCGGGGGAGCGGCGCGCGAGCGGGCGCCGCUCGUCGUCGGCUGGCGCCGCCGUCUCCUCCUCCACUGCCGCGGCGCCAAAGGCACAAUCACAGCCGAGCGUCGCCUUCUCCGGCCUCCCCGAGGGCGAGCGGCUGGACGGCUUUCUCGCCACGGUCGCGUCGCUCGGCGGCAGCGUCGUCGAGGACGCCGCCGCCCUCUCGGGUAGCACUGUGAUGGUGGUGGAGCCGAGCCCGAACGUGUCGCGCACCAUCAAGCUGCUCGUCGCCGUCUCCGUGUGCGACAUCGUGACGCCCGAGUGGGUCGACGCGUGCCGCGCCGCCGACCAGUUCGUGCCGGUGGGCGCGUACUUGCUCGGCGAGUGCACUGUCUCGAGCAAGGGAGUCAAAGUCCCUUGGGACGCCGCCAAGGCGCGCACGCGCGCCGCCGCCGCGCCCUGCCUGCGCGGCCGCACCUUCUACAUCACCAAGACCACCUCUCCGGACGCCGACAAGCUCAAAAUCAUCAUCGAGAAGGCGGGCGGCGCCACGGUGGAGACGCUGCCGACUACCGCGCCGCGCUCGCCGCUGGUGGUGGUCUGCACCGACAGGGACCGGCGCGAGCUGCAGCGUUUGCAGGCGUGUGCAGCGUUUCGCAGGGAGAGGAGUGCGGGAAUGCGCAACGUCUCGGAGCUGCGUGACGCCGAGCUGCUCGCGUAUCUGCUGCAGCAAAAGUACGGCUGAGCGAGCACUCGUGGAGCCUCGCGUGCACGAGUGCCACAGCUGGAAGGUGGGGA